UGGCGGGUCAGUCCCCAUAAAUGACAACCAUACCCGAAGAAGCCUCCACGGCUGGAGCCUGGACAGGCGGACUGAUGGUGACACUGGUGGUGGCAACCAGCGCGGACCCGGCCUCAAUCGGGCCAGCCUCUUCUCUGUUAGCCAUGCCCGGCUGGCACCCUGGCCCCUCCCUCCAGGAUGCAGCGAGUUAUAUCAACAAGGAAGUAAGGCUAAUAAAACUCGACAAACGACUUGUCGUGGAGAACCAUUUGGACAAGCGUUGGGAGGAAGCCACCGGCGAGACUGUUGACGACGUCGUCUUUCUCAGCAAGCAUGUCGCUUCCUCUAAUAGACCUGCCCUUACCAUUCACCCCAUCGGCACGCCGCACGUGCGUGAGGGUGAGGCUUUGUCUGCCGGCGGAAAGCCAGGAUGGGCUGCACCACCGAACCCACGGAGGCCGUGGUUUAGACUCUUGAAAAACAUUGCUCAUUCACAUAAUUUAAUUCCUGAAUUUGAGGUCACAUUGGAGGCUACUCAUCAUGGUCCUGAAAUCAAUUCACCGACUAUGUUUGUGGAAAUUGGUAGUACAGAAGAAUAUUGGAAGAGACAGGAUGCUGCACAAGCCGUUGCUUUAUUAGUGUGGGAAGGACUGGGUCUUGGAGGAAGAACUGCAGUUGGAGACUGGAGCAGGGACAAUGAUGGAAACAAAAUCCUUCUUGGCAUAGGUGGUGGUCAUUAUGUACCCAGGCAUAUGGAUGUUGUGCAGAAAGAUGGCGUUUGGGCAGGACAUCUGCUGCCUGGCUAUUCUCUGUUGAUGGAAGAUCCUGGAGAAGCGAAAGUACCAAUGAAUUCAGUGGGUGUUGGUGGAACAUGGAGAGAAACAAUCAAAGUUGCAUUCAAGACCACCAAAUUGGCUUUUCCUGGAGAAGAAGUUCUAGCCCAUCUUGAUCACAAGAGUUUCAAGAGUUGGCAGAGAAAUGCCGUUAAAGGGUUCUUUGCAGAGCAGAACAUAAAGAUUGGCAAACCCGGCGACUUCUGUCCCUUUUAAAUGCGGCCUAUGGUUGACCGUUGUAAAAAUAGGUUUUUCCUGUCAAAGCACUUAAAAAUUACAGCCUAGGGCAAUAUAAAAGUCUUUGAAUUAACAGUGGAUUUAGAGUUAAUUCUAUUUUUCGACUGUACAGAGUGCUUUGUCAAACUACGAUGCAAUUGUUUUCUUUUAUGAAAGUGACAUAAGUCGAUAUAUUAUUGGCCUAAAUGCUCACAUCUUGAGGGGCUUCGCAGGUUAAAAUCCAAUACCUUUUUGGCAAAAUGGGAAUUUUGGGGUGGACGAUGUGUUUGUUAAGAUGUUUCAACUGUAAAGAUUUCUUCUCCUACCGAAACACUAGUCUAAGCCCGUAAAAAUAGACUUUUCAGCAAACGUGAUUCUUGGUUUUGUUCUAGAUUUGUCCUUGUCUACCGUGGCUUUUUCGGUUUGAAAUCACGAAGAAAAAUGGAUGCAAAGGAGGUUUCCUCCCAAGAAACUCUCUACCUGCUCCAAAGCCCAGGGGUCUAAUCUUCAUUGGCUUUUUGGCAAGUAGCAGAAAGAAUAUUGAAUUAGGCAUCCUAAACGUGUCUGACAGCUUUUUCCAUUCUACUUUGAA